ACAUAAGGCAGGGGACAGGAUAGGACCUGUUAACUCAUUGCUGAUUUCCCUAGCAAAUAAACCAGCAGCUGCAGGUCCAAGCCCUGGCUUAGUGCAGAGAAGGUGGCAUUUGUGUGGGACAGGAUGCUUUCAUGGAGCCCUUUAGCCAACUUAUUUUGGGACUUACAGUGCAAACUGUAUUUUCUGCUUGUAGGGAUUUGUUCUGCCUUAAAAUUGACAGUACCAUCUCAUACUAUCCAUGGUAUUGAGGGGCAACCACUUCAUCUUUCUGUUGACUAUGAUUUCAAUGCUACAGCUUCUGAAAUCCAGAUAAUUUGGCUUUUUGAGAGGUCUCAAAGUAACCCAAAAUACUUGCUUGGCUCUGUAAAUCAAAGAGUAGUUCCAGACUUGGAAUACCAGCACAAGUUCACCCUUAUACCACCAAAUGCAUCUUUGAGGAUUAAUCCAUUACAUCUCAGUGAUGAAGGCAACUACAUUGUAAAAGUCAAUGUCCAUGGAAAUGGGACCAUAGCUGCAAGUGAAAAGAUUCAAGUAGCUGUUGAUGUUCCAGUCACAAAGCCAACUGUACAUACUGAACCAUCUUCAGGAGUAGUGGAGUAUGUAGGGAAUAUUACCCUAAAAUGUACUGUGGAUAGAGGUACAAGGGUAGCUUACCAGUGGAUGAAAAAUGGGAAACGUCUUCAUGCUGGCCCUAAUUAUACCUUUUCAUCAAACAAUGCUACACUUCUAAUUGUUCCUGUAGUAAAAGAAGACAUUGGGAAUUACAGCUGUCUGGUAUCUAACCCUGUCAGUGCAAUGGAAAGUGAGAUAAUUGCACCGACCAUAUAUUAUGGACCUUAUGGACUUAGAGUCAAAUCAGACAAAGGUCUGAAUAUAGGAGCAGUGUUUACAGUUGACGUGGGGGAAGUUGUACUGUUUGCCUGCUCAGCAGAUUCAAAUCCACCAAAUACUUAUUCAUGGAUUCAAAGGGAUGACAAUACCACUCAAGUAAUCAAGUAUGGACCCCAUCUGGAAGUUGUGUCUGAUCAAGUGGCCCAGAAGACAAUAGAUUACAUGUGCUGUGCUUUCAACAACGUGACUGGGAAACGAGAUGAAACUCACUUCACAGUUGUUGUUAUGUCUGUAGGGUUGGAAAAGCUGGCCCAGAAAGGAAAAUCUUUGUCUUCUCUUGCAGUAAUAACAGGAAUUUCAUUAUUUUUGAUCCUAGCUAUGGCCUUUUUAUUUCUAUGGAAAAGAUAUCAGCCACAUAAAGUGAUACAACAGAAGCUACAGAGCAGGGCAGAGGCUGAUUACAGAAAGGCACAGGCAUUUUCAGGACAUGAAAGUGCUUUGGAUGAUUUUGGGAUAUAUGAGUUCAUCACUUUUCCAGAUCUUACCAGUGGUUCUAGGGUUUCAAGUCAAUCUGUUCCUGGCCCUGACUUUGUCACAGGCCAGGAUAUGCUAAGUACGGUUUAUGAAGUUAUUCGGCACAUUCCUGAGCAGCCACAACAAGACCACCAACAAUGUAUAUGAAGAUAGAGGAAGAGGAAAACAAAGCAUCUGAAAAUGCCAAAGCUGCUUCUUCUUCUUUAUAAUAUAUUGAAGGAAAUGCCAGCAACUCCAAGAGUAGCAAAGGGUUAUGCCACCUUGUCUUAAAAUAGUAAUUUCUCUUCAGAGUGACAAUCCCUUUCCUUGGGGUGCUCCAAAUUGCCCAUUUCUUAAUUCUUUUUUCUUUUAUUAAAGUAAUAAUUCCUUGGAAAAUAUGGAUAGUUUUAAUUACUUUUUUUUCCUUAUCAGUGAAUGCAAAGACAAAGGGAUAGCUUAAAAAAAUGCACUAUAAAACCUUUUUUUAAAAAACAAUUGGCAGAGGCACAAGAAGGAAUCUGGUCCAAGAUGCUGCCCAUGCUUGUUUUAUUUAAAAAAUAAUAAAAAAUAGAAAAUAGGUUUUAUAUUUGGGUUGACUUUCACAAGAGAAGACGUCCAUACUGGCAUGAAAAGUGAUAAAUGCAGUAUGUCAGAUUGGAAAAUACAUUUGGGGUUUAGAAUAAAGUCAUUCUUUUAAGUAAUUUAACGUGACAUAAUUCUCAAGCAUAGAAACAGAUCUGUCAGGCAGUUACAAAACUGUACAUACAUAUAUUAUUCAGAAUAAUGUGUCCUCAUUAAAUUCUGUUUCCUUUGCAUUUGAACUGGUUUUCUAUUUGUUGCUGAAUAGCCUGCUUCUCAUUGACUAGGAGAGUAAGUGAUAUUCAACUUAUUUUCAAAAGCUGCAGAAAGUUCAGGCUAUUUGUACAUUAAAACAAUUCUCCAGUGCAAAUGAAACCAAUCUUACUCUGUUUCAACAGUGUGCUACAAGUCCCUUUGCAAAUAGAAGAAUACUCUUCCAGAAGCUUCUGUUAGCUGGCUUCUGAAUCCUGCAGGAAAAUUCACUAUUAUUUCCACAGGGUCAGCUAUUAGUUGGCAUCAGCUGCAGUCAGGGAAAAGAGGAAAUAUAAACUGAAUUAAUCUAAAGGAAAAAAAAAAGUUACUUCAGGAACAGUUAAUUGUGCAGAAAAUCAUUACUGUGAGUAAUGAGAAGGGAUACAGUGUGUCCACCCUUUAAGACAGGCUGUAUGGUAUUAUUUAAACCACUCUUUAUUAUGAAAAAUAGUUUCCACAAAUUAAAAAAAUAACCUCCUUAAUCCAUAUUUACUAAACAUUCUUCCUGUCUCCAUCUUUCAAAGACAAGGGAAAAUAGCAUGCUUUUAAGUGAGCAUUCUGAUCUUGUGAGGCUGAAAAAAAAGGG